AUGAAUUCCAAUAGUGAAUGCGAACUUAAACUUAAUUUUCCGUUUUACAUUGAUCCCGUAAGGAAAGUACAAAUACCUCACUAUGUCCACCCUAAAAAAAACGGUAAUAUUCGUCCUCUCUUUCCUAACGCUGAGGAUGGCGUUUCGAGUGUAUCAGAUCCCCCUCCGGUGAAGGGGCGGAAAGGGAAGUGGAGUAAUAGGGACAUCGAAAUCCUGCUUGAUUAUGUUGAAGCGAAUUGUGAUCAAUGGCAGUUUUACAAGGCUGGCUUUUAUAGAUUCCUUCAGCAAAAUGUUCUCAAACAUAAGAAUAUCAAGCAAAUGCAGAAGCAACUGUUCACCCUCCUCUGCAGGUAUCGAAGAUACAAAGCCAAGGGGAAAAGAAAGUUUGAGUGGUACGACAGGAUGCACGAAAUUUUCAAAGAUCGUAAAGAACCGCAUCUCCAAGAAAUCACUAAAACCGAUAAGGGAAACGAUCCGCAUAAUUCGGGACAAAAACUCAUCGGGAAGAAGCGUAAGCAGGAAGAAUUGGAUACUGAUUCUUCGCCGAGUGACGAAGAAGAAUCGACGUCAAAAAAAAAGAAACUUCCACUUUUGGCCCAUUCGCGUAGAUGGUCUUGCGAAGAAAUGAACAUCUUGUUGGAUUUCAUCAUGGAAAACGUUGACGCGUUUGUUGAAAACAACAGUUUAUUCUGGUCGUGGAUGUCUCACAAUGUGCUCCUGGGGAGAGCUCCCAUGCAAAUAAGGAGAAGAUAUGUUAUCCUCAGUCCAACCUGCAAGUACGGAAAGAGAUUGGAAGUCAUGAAAGUGCCUGAUGAAUUGAUUGCAAAACGAGACCGUUGUUUUGAUUUAAUAAAGGAUAAGAAUGCCAUGAGGAAGAAAAAAAGAGGCAAAAACAAAUUCCUGAAACCCGUCACAUUCAAGUUUCCAAAAGAUUACAAAGGAUACGCGCCGUCAGAUGAGAGUACUCGAGAAACGGUUGAAAUCGAAUCAACCGAUACUGAAUCAGUCAGUCCUCGUUAUGUCGACAUUCGUCAAAACAUCACCGAUAUCAUGUACGCAAAACACUUGAUGAAAUACAGUCUUGACGAGGACGUUCAGUUGUUGAGGAAAUGCUUUGGAGGUUCAAGUAAAAUGCGUUGGCCAGGAAGGUUGCAAGAGAUUGGAGUGAUGGCCCAAAGAUACGGUCCCAUCGGCUGGUCGGACGACCUCGAUGAAGAGGAGUUCGAGAUAAUCGGCACCAAUGACACAAGGGUCCCGUCAGCAUUAUAUUUUGAUGAUGAAGACGGCGAAUCUCGGACAUCGAUUCAAGAUGCUCUUCAACCACCAUCGGGAAAAAUAUCUGAAAAGAUGAUGGAUCGGGAGAUUGGAUUGAUCAUGAAUUUAGUGAGCCGACAAGAACCAGAAAAUGGAGACAAUGCGGAUAAUGAGUGGAAACACAGUGUAACCGACUCAGUCAUGCUUUCCUUGAGGAAAACGUUGAAUGAAAUAGGACUUUUGUGUUCCGAAAAUACUGAUGGCACCAUGUCUGUUAACAACCCGGAUGCCAGCAAAGAUGAGGUUAUCAAAUGGGAUACCGUCCUGCGUGCAGCAUCCAUGGCAAAACUGCCGCCCAGUGUGAUCUGGAAUACCUAUGAACGGAUCUCAAAAUAUUAUGACCAAGAAAAGAAAUUUUCUGGCAUUAAAUGA